UUCAGUGCUGUCAGCAGCCGUGCGGGCUUACAUACCACUGUUUUCUCCACUUUUCAGAGGUGGAAACAGGUUUAAGCCACUUGUCUCUGGUUGGUAAGUGGUGGACUGGAAUUGGAGCUCAGACUUGUAUAAAUCUUCACUGUCCACUAUGGUAGCCACUAACCCCAUCCUGGCUGUUUAGAUUUAAACUGGAUAAAGUGAAAAGGCCAGCUCAGAUGCACAGGCCGCAUUUCCAGCGCUCGUUGGCUCUGUGGUCAGUGGUCACUGCGUUCCGGACAGAGCAGAGGCAGAGCGUCUCCAUCAUUGCAGAGGGUUCUGUGGGCCAGUGCUGGUGCACACCCCAGGUCUGGGCUUCUAUCCCGUGCUAUGCUGCGUUGCCUCAAGCGUUAUAAAUUUUAAAGAGUAUAGUCUCUUUUGGGAGAGGAAGACUUAAUUUUUAAAAAAAUUUUGCAGUCAUUUUCAGCCUACAGGAAAGUUGCAAGUAUAGUAAAAAAGUGGUUUCCUUGAACCGUUUGAGAGCAAGUUGUCAACCUGCUACCCCAUCACCCCAGUGAUCUUCACGUGCGUUUACUACCACUAAGGACGUCUUCCUGCAUGUCCCUGAGACAGUCAUCAAGAUCAGGAAGUUAACACUGACGCCCACGGUCAUUAGACCUCGUUCAAGUUUUGCCACUUUAUCCCAAUCUAGCCUUUGCAGCAAAAACCCAGCCCAGAGGCACCCAUUGCGUGUCGUCCUGUCUCUUUCAGUUGCCAUCUGCCUGGGACAGUUUCCUGGUCUUUCUCUGACUUUCAUGACCUUGACACCUGUGAGGAUUAUAGUCCAGCUGUUUUGGAGAACGUCCCUCAUUUCAGGUUUAUCUGAUGUUCCGACCUGAUGGGACUCAGAGCUUUGCAUCUUUGGCAGGAAUAUCACAGAGCUGAGAUUCUGUGUUCUAAUUGCACCUUAUCACAAUUUCGUGGGUCCAUCACUGAUGACGUUCACGGCUCACUUGGGUGCGGUGCUGUUUGUCAGAGUGCCCCACUGUGAAGUCACUUUCUCACCCGCUUUGCAAUUAAUAAGUAUUUUGUGGGGAGUUAUGAUCUGUUCAUUUAUCUACACCUUUAAAAGUCCAGCUCGGGGCUCUAGGAAACAUCCAGGCUUAGCGUUCGGCUGUCUCUACAGUAGACAUCCUCACGCCCUGAUGGGUCAGACCUCUUAUGAGGCUGCGACCAUCAGCCUCUGUCUUCUGGACAAGCUCUGGAAUUUCUGGUGUCUCGUAAAGCCAGGACUACGCGCUUUACAGUCAAAGAGACCUGGAUCUGGGCCCGGCCUCAGCCACAGCAGAAUCCUCACGUUCUUGGAGUCUACAUACACACCUCCUUCCUACAUCUCAGAGAUGGAGAAAGCGGCUAAGCAGGGGGACACCAUCUUGGUGUCCGGGAUGAAGACAGGGAGCUCCAAGCUCAAGGCGCGUAUCCAGGAGGCCGUCUACAAGAAUGUGCGCCCCGCAGAGGUCAGGCUGCUGAUUUUGGAGAACAUCCUUCUGAACCCAGCUUACGACGUCUACCUGAUGGUGGGGACCUCCAUUCGCUACAAGGUGCAGAAGAUCAGGCAAGGGAAGAUCACAGAACUCUCCAUGCCUUCCGAUCAGUACGAGCUGCAGCUUCAGAACGACGUCCGGGGCCCCGAGGGAGACCUGGGCCGGCCCGUGGCUGUCUUGGCCCAGGACACGUCAACGGUCACCGCAGUGCAGCUGGGACAGAGCAGCCUGGUCCUCGGCCACAAGAGUAUCCGCAUGCAGGGUGCGUCCAGGCUGCCCAACAGCACCAUCUACGUGGUGGAACCUGGGUACUUGGGGUUCACUGUCCACCCUGGUGACAGGUGGGUACUCGAGACUGGCCGCCUGUAUGAAAUUACCAUCGAAGUGCUUGACAAGUCUGGCAACAAGGUCUACCUGUCAGAUAGCAUCCGAAUUGAAACCGUGCUUCCUCCUGAGUUCUUUGAGGUGCUCUCUUCUUCCCAGAAUGGGUCGUACCAUCAUGUCAGGACAUUAAAGAGGGGCCAAACGGCCAUCCAGGCAGCCCUCACCUCUGUGGUGGACCAGGAUGGAGGGGUCCACACAUUACAGGUGCCUGUGUGGAACCAGCAGGAGGUGGAAAUUCACGUCCCAAUCACCCUCUAUCCCAGCAUCUUGACGUUUCCGUGGCAACCAAAGACGGGUGCCUAUCAGUACACAAUAAAGGCCCACGGUGGGAGUGGGAACUUCAGCUGGUCUUCGUCAAGCCACGUGGUUGCCACAGUCACUGUGAGGGGUGUGAUGACCACGGGCAGCGACAUUGGACUCAGUGUGAUCCAGGCGCAUGACGUGCAGAACCCGCUGCAUUUCGGGGAGAUGAAGGUGUACGUGAUCGAGCCCAGCAGCAUGGAGUUCGCCCCGUGCCAGGUGGAGGCACGGGUGGGCCAGGCCCUGGAGCUGCCCCUGAGGAUCAACGGCCUCAUGCCCGGUGGGGCCAGCGAGGUGGUCACCCUGAGCGACUGCUCCCACUUCGACUUGGCGGUCGAGGUGGAGAACCAGGGCGUGUUCCAGCCACUCCCAGGGCGGCUGCAGCCGGGCUCCGAGCACUGCAGCGGGGUCCGAGUGCGAGCUGAGGCCCAGGGGUACACCACGCUGCUUGUGAGCUACACGCGCGGCCACAUCCACCUGAGCGCCCGCAUCACCAUCGCUGCCUACCUGCCCCUCAAGGCUGUGGACCCCUCCUCUGUUGCCUUGGUUACCCUGGGCUCCUCAAAGGAGAUGCUUUUUGAAGGAGGUCCGAGACCCUGGGUCCUCGAGCCUUCCAAGUUCUUUCGGAACGUCACCUCCGAGGACAUGGACAGCAUCAGCCUGGCUCUCUUCGGGCCCCCUGCCUCCCGGAAUUACCAGCAACACUGGAUCCUGGUGACCUGCCGGGCCUUGGGGGAGCAGGUCAUCGCCCUCUCGGUGGGGAACAAGCCCAGCGUCACCAACCCCUUCCCGGCGCUGGAGCCCGCCGUGGUGAAGUUCGUCUGCGCCCCGCCCUCUAGGCUCACGCUCACGCCCGUCUACGCCAGCCCCCAGCUGGACCUGUCGUGCCCGCUGCUGCAGCAGAACAAGCAGGUGGUGCCGGUCUCCAGCCACCGCAACCCUCUGCUGGACCUGGCUGCCUAUGACCAGCAGGGCCGAACGUUUGACAACUUCAGCUCUCUGAGCGUCCAGUGGGAGUCCACCAGGCCGUUGCUGGCCAGCAUCGAGCUGGACCUGCCCAUGCAGUUCGUGUCCCGGGACGACGGGAGCGGCCAGAAGAAGUUGCAUGGUUUGCAGGCCAUUUCAGUUCACGAGGCAUCGGGGACCACGGCCGUCUCUGCCACGGCGACUGGCUACCAGCAGUCCCACCUCAGCGCAGCGGGAGUGAAGCAGCCGCACGACCCUCUCGUGCCUGUGUCAGCCUCCCUAGAGCUCAUCCUGGUGGAGGACGUGAGGGUGAGUCCCGAAGAGGUGACCAUCUACAACCACCCUGAUGUGCAGGCCGAGCUGCACAUCAGAGAAGGCUCCGGCUACUUCUUCCUCAACACCAGCACUGCAGACGUCGUCCAGGUGGCCUACCAGGAGGCCAGGGGCAUCGCCACGGUGCGCCCUCUGCUCCCGGGCACGUCGACCAUCAUGAUCCACGACUUGUGCCUGGCCUUCCCGGCCCCUGCAAAGGCUGCCGUCUACGUCUCGGACAUCCAGGAGCUGUACGUCCGCGUGGUGGACAAGGUGGAGAUUGGGAAGACGGUCAAGGCAUAUGUCCGCGUGCUGGACUUUCACAAGCAGCCUUUCCUGGCCAAGUACUUCGCCUUCAUGGACCUGAAGCUCCGGGCAGCUUCCCAGAUUGUCACGUUGGUGGCCCUCGACGAGACCCUCGACCACUACACUGCCGCGUUCCGCGUCCACGGCGUGGCCAUUGGCCAGACCAGUCUCACUGCAACCGUGACAGAUAAAGCCGGACAGAGAAUCAACUCGGCCCCUCAGCAGAUAGAGGUCUUUCCCCCGUUUAGGUUAAUACCCAGGAAGGUGACGCUGAUCAUCGGGGCCAUGAUGCAGAUCACCUCCGAGGGCGGCCCGCAGCCUCAGUCCAACAUCCUCUUCUCCAUCAGCAAUGAGAGCGUUGCGGAGGUGAGCGGCGCCGGGCUGGUGCGGGGGCUUGCCGUGGGCAAUGGCACCGUGUCGGGGAUUGUGCAGGCCGUGGACGCUGAGACCGGCAAGCUCGUCAUCGUGUCUCAGGAUCUCGUGGAGGUGGAGGUGCUCCUGCUCCAGGCGGUGAGGAUCCGUGCCCCCAUCACUCGGAUGAGGACGGGGACCCAGAUGCCCGUUUACGUCACUGGGAUCACCAACAACCAGAACCCUUUCUCCUUUGGCAAUGCCGUGCCAGGCCUGACCUUCCACUGGUCAGUCACCAAGCGGGACAUCCUGGACAUCCGGGGGCGGCACCAUGAGGCGUCACUCCGGCUCCCGUCACAGUACAACUUUGCCAUGAACGUGCACGGCCGGGUGAAAGGCCGGACCGGGCUGAGAGUGGUGGUCAAGGCCCUGGACCCAGCGGCUGGGCAGCUGCACGGCCUCGCCAGAGAACUCUCUGAUGAGAUCCAAGUCCAGGUGUAUGAAAAGCUGCUGCUGCUGAACCCCGAAAUAGAAGCAGAACAAAUAUUAAUGUCGCCCAACUCCUUUCUAAGGCUUCAGACAAACAGGGAUGGCGCAGCCACUCUGAGCUACCGUGUCCUGGACGGGCCUGAGAAGGUUGCCCUCGUGCACAUUGAUGAGAAAGGCUUCCUGGUGUCGGGGUCUGCGAUUGGCAUGUCCACAAUUGAAGUGACCGCCCAAGAGCCUUUCGGGGCCAACCAAACCAUUAUCGUUGCUGUGAAGGUGUCCCCUGUCUCUUACCUGAGGAUCUCCAUGAGCCCCGCCCUGCACACCCGGAACAGGGAGGCCCUGGCAGCCCUGCCUCUGGGAAUGACCGUGACCUUCACCGUGCACUUCCACGACAACUCUGGAGACAUCUUCCACGCUCACAAUUCCGUCCUCAACUUUGCAACAAACAGAGAUGAGUUUGUGCAAAUCGGGAAGGGCGCCGCCAACAACACCUGCGUCGUCCGCACCGUCGGCGUGGGCCUGACCCUGCUCAGCGUGUGGGACACGGAGCACGCGGGCCUCUCCGACUUCGUCCCAUUGCCCGUCCUACAGGCCAUCUCUCCGGAGCUGGCCGGAGCGGUGGUGGUGGGGGAUGUCCUCUGUGUGGCCACUGUUCUCGUCAGCCUGGAAGGCCUCCCCGGAACCUGGAGCUCCUCAGCCAACAGCAUCCUCCAAAUUGACCCCAAGACAGGCGUGGCCGUGGCCCGGGAUGUGGGAUCCGCGACAGUUUACUACGAGGUCGCUGGGCACCUGAGGACCUACAAGGAGAUAGUGAUCAGCGCCCCGCAGAGGAUUGUGGCCCGUCACGUCCGCCCUGUCCAGACCAGCUUCCAGGAGGCAGCGGCUUCCAGAGUGGUGGUCACCGUGGGAGACCAGAGCUCCAACCUGAGAGGUGAGUGCGGUCCCGCCCAGAUGGAGGCCAUCCAGACGCUGCGCCCGGAGUCCCUCAUAAGCUGCCAGCUGCAGUUCAAACCAGACGUCUUUGAUCUCCCUGCACGUGAUGUUUUCACCGCGGAGCCGGCGUUUGACGCUGCACUGGGCCGGUACCUCUGCUCCGUCACGAUGCACAGGCUGACAGACAAGCAGCUGAGACACCUCAGCAUGAAGAAGACGGCGCUGGUGGUCACUGCCUCCAUCCUGGGCGGCCACUUCUCCGGAGAGCAGGUGGGGGCCGAGGUGCCCUUCAGCCCGGGGCUUUACGCCGACCAGGCUGAAAUCCUCUUGAGCAACCACCACACCAGCUCCGAGGUCAAGGUCUUUGGAGCCGGGGAGAUUCUAGAGAGCCUGGAGGUGAAGUCGGGGUCUCCGGCCGUGCUGGCCUUCAUGAAAGAGAAGUCUUUGGGGCUGCCCAGCUUCGUCACCUACACAGUCGGUGUCUCGGACCCCACGGCCGGCAGCCAGGGGCCUCUGUCCACGGCCCUGACCUUCUCCAGCCCCACAACUAACCAAGCCAUCACCAUCCCUGUCACCGUGGCCUUCGUGAUGGAUCGCCGAGGAGCUGGUCCUUAUGGAGCCAGCCUCUUCCAGCACCUCCUGGACUCCUACCAGGUCAUGUUCUUCACGCUGUUUGCGCUGCUGGCUGGGACCGCUGUCAUGAUCAUAGCCUACCACACGGUCUGUGCGCCCCGCGAGCUCGCCACGCCUCCAGCCCUCUCCCCCGGAGCCAGCCCUCGGCACAGCCCCCACUAUUUUUCUGCCUCGUCACCGACGCCUUUCAACGCACUGCCUGCCCCUCGCAGAGCCAGUCCCCCGUCGGGGCUGUGGAGCCCCACAUAUACCUCCCACUAGUCGGCCCAGGGGCUGCGCUGGAGCGGCCCACCCGAUGCCCACCCUACUGUGCCUGCACAGGUGGGAUGGGCUCGGGCAGCCUGGGGCGGGUCCUGAGCCCUGAGCCCGGCCCCGGCCGCCCCGCAGACCGUAGUCCAGGCCGCGCUCGUCGCUGAUUCAUACGCCUACAACUUUGUUUGUUGUUUGUUUUUUUACUUCAGAGUCUUGCACAGGCUCAGACUCUGGCUCGUUCCCCUUUGCCUGCUUGUCCGGCGUUUCUGGACAACGUGCGCUUAUGCUGUUGCUUUCCGAGUCUCUCAAAUCGGGACUUUGAGUGGACAGAGCUCUGGCAGGCGUCGUCUCUGGAGGACGUCGCUGCAGUGGUCUCAGGGAAAGGACGUCUUAAUCUCUUUUGUAUUUUUGUGGGUUUGUUCCCUGUGGAAACUUUACUUUUCCCUAGUCUGGCUCCCACUAGGAAGUGAGGGGAGCGAGCAGCCGUGAGCAUCUGGGGCGGCCUCUGGCCACCACCGGGCUGGCUCAGCCCGGGAGCCACGGACACUGCAGGAGCCCAGCGCGGCUGCUUUUGGCGCCCUGUGGGCCACUGUGACCCGGCUUUCUUUGUUUCCUAAGCUGUGCAAACGUCUCCUGGACUCGGCCUCGGCCCCGUAGGGACGUCCCGUGGGGUCCGGCUCGUUCUCUUUGUCCCGGCUCCUCCAUCAGCACAGGGACGUGCGAUCCUAGUUGGGAGACAUCCCUGAGCUGGAGCAGGGGCCUCUCUUUCUGUUUGUGCGUGGGGAGGAGCCGCCGUGCCCUGCCCGAGCACAGACACCCAGUGUUCUCUCUUCCUCCUUUUGUACCACUGUCAUACCACAGCAGAUCUGAGCCUCCGGCCCACCCGGGUGGAGAUGGACCCCCAGCGGCCAGCUCCCUGGGCCCAGGGCCCUCCAGGCAGCUCCCCCACGGGCUGCAGAGCCCGGCGGGGCCAGUGAGGAGGACUGGCCCUGCAGGAGGGGGCUGGGAAGGAGAAGGCAGAAGUCAUGUCCCUCCUUCCCAGCUGCCCGUCCUCAGCAUCGAGACCUCCAGAGGCAGCCCUGCCCUCGGCCUCACGUGGCCACUCUCAGGAAGGUCUGGAGACGCCCCCAGAGCCAGCCACGCAUGGACACUGCGUGGAGCCCGCUGGGACACUGAACCGGGUGUGAAUCCAGUCUGCCCUUCGCAGCUGGGCCAUGAGAUUUAUUGUCCUAAAGCCCAGACGGGAAGAACUGUGCCUUGAUAUUACUUGAGCUCAAACUGACGACUUGGAUGUCGAUAGGCAUUUCUACUUGGUUUAUUUAAUAAAGCUUUAUAUAAUUUCUUAA